UCAUUCAAAACAGGGAAAACGCUUGUUUAUUUAAUUAAGGAAAACACUGUAUAUUAAAAAAUGGAUACGUCAAGUUUGCAAGAAUGUAGCUUUUCGUGUUCUAAUUAUAAUUGUGAUUCUGGGGAGUUACCUUGCCUUUUGGAGGAGGAGGAUACACAAUGUGGUCACGUAUUCUAUAACGAAAUAACGCGCUUAUUAAAAUUUUAUUGUACAUUUUGUCAGGAAACCUACGAUAAUAUAGAUUACUUUUGUCAACAUUUAAGUGGACAUAUACGUGAAGUUCAGGAACACCAAGGAGGAGAAGAAGAGAAUGGUAAAGCAUUACCAAAAAUUGAGGAGGUUCAUCCAGAAGUCUAUGAUGAGCAGACCAACAUUAGCGAUUGCAAUAUCGAUGUUAUGAGAAUAGAAGAAUGUGAACAACUCGAUGAUAAUGAAAUGAUUAUCGAAGAAUUAGAUGAGACUGAAGCUUAUAAGGCUGAUGAAGAAGAAGAAGAUAUAUGUGAACCUACAAAUGGAUGCGUUUACUUGGACGAUGAUGAUAACAAUUCGAGUAUAUGUCAAUAUCAAAAUUUAACAAAUAAAUCGACUGAAGUUCAAGUUGAGAAAAAUGAAACGGCAAGUAAAAGCUUUGAGGAAUGCUUUUUAAAGGAGAUGAAUGUUGAGAAACUACGAUUUGAUCGGGUAUGUGUUAUACAGGAGGAUAAAGCGCAACAACGAAUAAAGCCAAAAAAAAAACCCACAAUGCAAGAGCUGUUGCGUUUUAAAGGAAAACGCAAAAAGGUGACCACUGUUAAAGUUAUUGCCGUUAAAAAUCGUAUUGCCGAGCUUUAUGAACGCAUAAAGAUCGAAGAACAAAAGCGAUCACAAGAUUCUUUGGCUCUCAAUCAGGAAUUUGCAUCUGAAAAUGCUUUAAUAGAACAGGAGACGAACGAAGCUAUAAAAGUCCUUAUUAAUGAAAAUUCUCAGUACGGAGAAGAAAAUGUUAUUACCAACCAGUUCAAUAAUAAUAACCUUGAAAAUAGUAAAUUGUCAGGCAAAGACAUUACUCGAAAGAUUAUAGGUGAAACGGUUAUAACUUUGAUACCAGAAGGUUCAAAAAUUCCUAAUACGUUACCUUCGCAAGUAGACAAUAUCGUUGAUCCAAAAAUUUUAAGAGAGAAUUUACAAAAUUCCAUAAGUUCUGACGACUCGGGCUUAGUUUCUGCUGGCUCUGAGACCGAAAACACUGUCUGCCCCGCAUGUGGUAAACGUUUUCGAAGCUCGUUUAGUUUAACUAUACAUAAACGUAUACAUUACUUGGAAUCGGACAGUGCUGUUAAAUUAGCGCAUAAAUGUUCUGAUUGCGACCAGCUUUUCAAUAAGAUUAGUCAGUUAAAGGAACACGUUGAAACUGUUCAUUAUCCAGAGGGCUUCAUUUGCAAAAUAUGCAAUCGUAAAUUAAGUAGUCUUUCGUUACUUGAGCGACAUAUGCGUAAGGUGCACCUAGAUCGUCCCUUUAAUUGUAAGCAAUGCGGGAAAAAUUUUGCAAACCGUCUGACUUACGACGAACAUGUAAUAUCGCACAUUUCGGGUAAGUUGUUUAAAUGUCACAUUUGUGGCCGUAAAUACCCAACUCAGUACUUUCUUGCGGAGCAUAUGCGAAAUCACAAAGAACAAGUACCACACACUUGUGUCGUAUGCGGUAAGAUUACUUUACGCAUAACGCAACAUAUGAAAAUUCAUACACCCAGACCCAAACGCUUACUUAGCUGCUCGGUGUGCGGAAAAGUGUUUAAUUUUAGUUCAGGUCUCAGUCAUCAUUUUAAAAUCAUGCAUAAAUCACCACGGCCACCACAAAAGACUAAAAGAGACUUAGCCACAAAUUCAACAAAACAUCGAAAACAGUUGCACACAGCUUACGAUGAAAAGCAAAAUGUUAGAGGCGAAAAUCAAAUUGUAGAAGAAAAUAUAACACCAAUUAAUUCACCAGACGUACACAAGCCUAUGACAAAUUAUAUUCUCCAAGAACAGAAUUUUGUUAAUCAGAAAGAAGAAGAGGCAAAACGUGUUAUUGUUGAGCUCAUACAGAAUUCAACUUAUACCUCAUUUUUACCCGCUAAUGCUUCAAAUAUAUUAGAAAUUACUCCACCGAUCGCCAGAGAAGAAACUAUUUCGGCGGUUGAUAGUAUCGUCAACGGUUUUAUAACGAGAAAGAGCACAUCAAAAACUUUUAAUUUGCAAAAUUGCUUCUCGUAUUUGUUAAACGAAAUUAUGUUAAAAACUUUACCGAUAAUUAAAUUCAAUGAUGUUUCUAAAGAGAAAUGCGGUGAAAUUUUCUGCCACCGUUCAAAGGAAUUCACAAUAUAUUGUACACUUUGCGACAUGAAAUCCUUUGAUUUUACUGAUUUUUUAAUUCAUAUUGAAAAUGUGCACUUCAAUGACAAUCUAUUGAAAUUGGAAAAUCCUAGCAUGGGUUAUACGAAUUUGUUGGGAAUGAAUGUUAAAAAGGAGAACGUCUUUGCAGAACACGAAGCUCCAGGGGAAGAGAUAUGCUGCGACAAUAGAUUAGAUAUUUUAAAUGGCACCAGUAGUGUUGAAAGUGGCAAUGAAGAUAGUGAAGAAGUGCUAACUGUAUUAAAGAGAACUGAAGGGAGAUCAAGAGUAACAAGUAGUAAAAGGAAACAUAAUAAAGCUAAAGCGAAUUGCAGUCGUUCAGAUAUGGAUAAAAAUAGUAAGCCAGCGAAUACGACCAAGGGUUUAAAGUGUCAUCAGUGCAUUCAUUGUAGUAAAACUUUCGUUAACUAUGGCCUGCUAAAAAUACACGUCGCUAGAGUUCACAAAAGUUUAGCUAAAAAGAAGGAGAGCGUUGCCCGGCUAAAACUGAUAAAUGUUGAAACACCUGUAGAUGAUCCAGUCGUAGAAAACCAGAAGUUGUUAGGCGAGUUAGUGAUUGCUGAAAAUACGAAUGAGAAAUAUAAUAAAGAUGUUGAUAAUAUUAAUUCAGAGGAGCGUGAUGAUAACCAGGCUUCAGAUGGUGAUUAUGAACCCGAUUUAGACAAUACUGUCGAUAACAAGAGGAGCUUUCAAUGCGAAGAUUGCGACAAAACAUUAAGUAGCUGCGCUUCUCUAAGAGCACAUACUGCUAGAUAUCAUGAAACAAGGACUAAAAAACCAAAGGAAUCAAACAAUGAAAUGCCAUGUAUUGAAUGCGAGGAGAUGUUUGCAAAUCAAAAGCUUUACGAUCGCCAUUGCGUUGAGGUACACGACGGUUUCAAAUGUUCCUUGUGUGAGAAAAGGUUCAAAAUACGUUAUAGCUGUAAACGUCACGAACUGCUGCAUAAUAAGAUAAAAGAAUUCAUUUGCUCCUUUGAAGGUUGCAAUAAAAGUUUCACGGAACACUAUUACCUAAGACGCCAUCAAGACGUACAUCAAACUGAACGUAACUUUAUAUGUAAUUUUGAAAAUUGUGGUAAGGCAUUCCAUGCUAAACGUCGUUUAUGGCAACAUCAGAAAAUACAUACGAAACCCAAAAAUUUUAUUUGCGAUAUGUGCGGCUAUAGUUGCCGCGAAAGAGUCACAUUACGCGUGCAUCAACGCAUACAUACGGGUGAGAGACCGUACGUUUGUAAGGUCUGCAAUAAAACAUUCAUAUCCAGCUCGUCGCUAGGUGAUCAUAUGGCAUCACAUGCAAGUACUCGAACACAUGUAUGUAAGGUAUGCAACGCACGUUUUGCGCGACCAAAAGCCCUAUAUCAUCACAGCUUUUUACAUUUGGAUGUGAAAAAAUUCAAAUGUAGGUUAUGUGGAUGUGCUUAUAAACAAGCAGCUGGAUUAGCUGGACAUAUGAGGAAACAUAGAGAGGAAGAUAUUAUGAUGAUGAUGCCGCUAGAGUCGAGAAUUUCAUUGUCGCCAGAUAAAAAGAAUCUAUUCACCGGAUUUCUUAGUUAAAAAGAAUUCGAUCAUAGAUUUUUUA